ACACAGAAAACAAGAAACUGGCCAUAUAGGGGAAGUGGAGAUGCUAAAUACACACAUUGCAGUCAAAUGCUCAAGAAAACUGAAAAGAUAAAUAUUUUUUCUCUAAUUUCUUAGAGUUGUGGUGAUCUUGGCUGUUACUUUUUAAUAAGUAUUGAAAAAACCCUUCAGACAUAAGUAGUUUUGUAAUUGGUAUCACUUAAAAUGACUGACCAUGAGUAGAAAGCAGUAUAAUGUGUAUUAAAAUUUAUCCAUAAAAUAUAAACCAAUUGAGAUAACUUGUGAUCUCUGAAAUAUUAGAAGAGUAACCUUAGGGGGAAAUCUUGCCCUCCACUAUUCUCUCCAGCAGAUUUCAGAUGUAGAAGUGGGUUAAGUCUGAUAUGGAAGAGUAGGGCAAGAGGUCAAGAGACUAUCGGAUGAUCUGUACCAGCUGUGUGCUUUGGAGCAGUAGGGGGAUCUGGGAUGUGACUAGGCAGUGCGAUGGCUGAGGGUCAGUGGCGCCACCAUUUAGUGGAUUACUGGUUGUUCCUAACCUCAGCAAAGCAGGCGUGCAGGAGCCUUUAGGUUACAGUAGCCUUCAGACUGCAAUAGAAGCUUGAGAGCCGCUCUUUCUUUUACUAGUCUUUCUUUUGCCCUGCUUCAUUCUCAGCUAGCCCUCACCUGGAGAUAUCAACAGGGUCACAACUCCAUCACUCCUCAGUCUUCAGACCUCUUUGGCUCAGAGAGCAGGAGACAUCUCCCUUGGCUAGUGUCAACCUUCAGCCCUCUCUGGUCAUGGCUCUCAGGCCUGCGCAAGUUUUGUAGGUGACCACCCAACUGCCUUCCUGCUAUCAACAGCCUUAUCUGGGUCCACUGCAUAGCUUGGGAACUCUCUCUAAUCCCUCUUCCUGGGAUAUUGCCUCCCUCAUUCAGCUUAGCUUUGCUCUUCUCCAGAAUGCUCUCUCUAGAAUUUGGAUUCUAAACUCCUCUUCCCUUUCGCUGUCACUUUUUUAAAGCUUUCAGGAGCAACCCUGCCCUCCACAUCACACCAAAUUAGGGCACACAACUGGACUUAAACUGGAGAUGGGCCAGCUACCUUCUUACACUAUUUCUUUCAGCAAAGAAAGUUUAUUCCAGAGUCAGGAUUUGCUAUGUAAAAGUUAAUGAGUUAGUAGUUCAGUUCAUUAAGGAAUCCUUAUUAGUAUAGCUUUUUAUUUUAAUAAAUAGAAAGGAAUUUUAAGUUUUCCAUGACUAAAUCUCUUAAAUAAAUUUAUUCUAAGAAUGUGUAUGUAGAAGUGCAGUUAGAAGCAUAAAGCUUGCUAAAUCAAUAUCUCUUGCCAAAGUCCACUGACGAGUACUUAACUUCUUUCUGGCAAUAAUAGUCUCAGGUAUGAGACUUCUAACUUCCUGUUCAGAGUCUAAAGAAAACAUUUUGUCACCCUAAACUGAUAUUUUUUAAUCGUAAAACUUAAGGUCUUGCCGAAUUUCAGGUCUACUGAUGAGUAGUCUUAGUGCCACAUAAAAACGUAAAUUUAGUUGCAUAAUAAACUUGAGUCCCCCUCUUUCACCUUGGUGAAUGUACAAGUGUGUGUUUAUUGCUGGCAUGGUCAAGAUAAGUCUUUGUUUGGAGUAAGACUAAUGCAGCUUGUGAUUUCAAAGGCAUCUGUAGCAAGAUAUAGAAAAGGUUACAAAUGGUGUGGGUUUUUAUCAUGAACCGAAUGAGCUCCCAGUGCAGUUCCUCCACUCAGCGUAAGCGAAUGGCUCUUGGAAUUGUCAUUCUUCUACUUGUUGAUGUGAUAUGGGUUGCCUCCUCAGAACUCACUUCGUAUGUUUUUUCAAAGUACGAGAAGCCUUUUUUCAGUACCUUUGCAAAAACGUCCAUGUUUGUUCUAUACCUCUUGGGAUUUAUUGUUUGGAAACCAUGGAGGCAACAGUGUACACGUGGGUUUCGUGGAAGGCAUGCAGCUUUUUUUGCAGAUGCUGAAGGUUAUUUUGCUGCUUGUACAACAGAUAACACUGUAAACAGUUCUUUGAGUGAACCUUUGUAUGUUCCUGUAAAGUUUCAUGACUUACCAAGUGAAAAGAGUGGCAGUGCUAAUAGUGAUACUGAAAAAACUCCCAAAAAGCCUCGAGUAAGGUUCAGUAAUGUUAUGGAGAUUCGACAACUUCCAUCAAGCCAUGCAUUGGAAGCAAAGUUGUCUCGUAUGUCAUAUCCAACUGUUAAGGAGCAGGAAUCAAUAUUAAAAACUGUAGGGAAACUCACUGCAACUCAAGUAGCAAAAAUCAGCUUUUUCUUUUGCUUUGUGUGGUUUUUGGCAAACUUCUCUUAUCAAGAAGCACUCUUACAUGCACAAGUUGCCAUAGUUAAUAUCCUAUCUUCAACCUCUGGACUUUUUACCUUAAUCUUAGCUGCAGUGUUUCCAAGUAACAGUGGAGACCGGUUUACCCUUUCCAAACUGUUAGCUGUCGUUUUAAGCAUUGGCGGUGUAGUACUUGUUAAUCUAUCUGGAUCUGAGAAAUCUCCAGGAAGAGGUACAAUAGGUUCCCUGUGGUCUCUUGUAGGAGCAAUGCUGUAUGCUGUCUAUAUAGUUAUGAUAAAAAGAAAAGUAGACAGAGAAGAUAAGCUUGAUAUACCAAUGUUCUUUGGUUUUGUAGGGCUCUUUAAUCUGCUGCUGCUAUGGCCGGGUUUCUUCCUACUUCAUUAUACUGGAUUCGAGGCCUUUGAGUUUCCCAAUAAAUUGGUAUUGAUGUGCAUUGUCAUUAAUGGCCUUAUUGGAACAGUUCUGUCAGAAUUCCUCUGGCUGUGGGGCUGCUUUCUUACCUCAUCACUGAUAGGCACACUUGCGCUAAGCCUUACAAUACCUCUGUCCAUAAUAGCUGACAUGUGCAUGCAGAAGGUGCAGUUUUCCUGGUUAUUUUUUGCAGGGGCAAUCCCUGUAUUUUUCUCAUUUUUCAUUGCAACUUUCUUAUGCCAUUAUAACAACUGGGAUCCAGUGAUGGUAGGAAUCAGAAGAAUUUUUGCCUUUAUCUGCAGAAAGCAUCGAAUUCAGAGAAUGCCAGAGGAAAGUGAGCAGUGUGAAAGCCUCAUCCCUAUGCAUAGUGUUUCUCAAGAAGGAGAAAACUGCUGUUCAUAGGCAAUAGUUUUGAGAUGGUUUCAUACUCAGUGAAGAGACAAUCUCCUGGAAAGUCCAGAAGGAAGCGUAUUUCAGUGCCUAUUCUACAUUUGGGGGGAAAAAAGUUUCAGUUCUUUUGAAACUAAACUUCUGUUUUCCCAUAUUUGCCUGUCUUCAUCUAGUUCUAUCAACGAACAACUUCACUAUGUGCAUAUCACUACAACUAUAGGAAAUCCCAGUCCAUCUAAACAACCAACCUGCCAUCUAAACAACCAACCUGCCUUAUAGAACUCAACUUGAAAUUACUUGAUAUAAUCAAGAAAGCAAAUGCUGGUCUGGUGAUUUAUUUUUUGUUUUCACAUUUUUGUUAAAUGCUGGACAACAAGUUGUUCAAAAAUUACUUUAAAAAUGAAUACGUUAAUUCUGCAGGUCGUCAUUUCUUACAGGCUUUCAGAUGAAAAAAGCUAAAUAUGUAGGUUACUUGUAAUAGGUACGGAUUAACAUUUUUCUAUAAAGUCUAUUUGAAUAUUAACACAUGAAAUUAGAAAAAAUAUCUUAAUUUAUUAAAUAAGUACAUUUUUGCAACUAUUGGAGGAGGAUGUAUGCAGGUUUCCGGAACACUACAUAUAUUGCUUUAUCCCAUUUUUAAAAAACCUUGUAAUAGGAAAGGGUGCUUUGUGUUUAAAAAUCUCAAACUUUUAGAGAAGUGUUAGUAUAAAAAGGUUAUGUAUUUUUAAAGGUGGUAAUUAUCAUAAAUUUGGCUGGACUAGCACUUGAUGUAAAAGUUCAUAAUUCAGAAUCAGUCUCUUUUUGAAAACUUAAUAGUCAAAAUUAUUUAAUAUGUAAAAUUGUAAAUAAUUCCAAGAUGCCAUGUGCACAGCUGCUUAUUUGAGGAAAAAACCAUCAAGUAGACUUCUAAAUUUUGUAGUUACUAUCUUAUCUCAACUCAAAUCUUCCAAGCAAUUUUAAAGCUAGAGAUAAUCAUGUUGGCUUCGUUUUCCUAAGGAAAUUAUUGUGUAAUGGCUAACUUUUUCACUGUGACCUGAGCAUUCUUCCCUACUGCAAUGCUGCUGUUCUGUUUGGUGCUGAAAGGUAACAAAUUAAUAAAUAUAUUCACAAGAAUCCUGCAGACAGUUAUUGCCCUCUUCAAAAAGUAAAAUUUGGUAACUUUGGCCAAGGGUUAUUUACUAAUUUAUUUUGUCUUUUUAGUGAAUUGUAAUGCUUAUAAAGAGUACAGAUGGACUUUCAGUCAAGAUAACAACAAAACCUACACUGACAGUGCAAGCUUUCUCAUGCUGCUCUGCCAUUUUGUCUCAAUCCUGUUCUGGAGGAGCUGAUGUUUUUCUAGGGAUAAAUGUCCAUUCAGUCUUUGAUCUCUAUAUUACUCCCACCAAUAAGGAUACUAAUUGUGGAAAUAGUGGUGGUGAUUUGGCAAUGUAAAGAGGGGGAAAAAAAAGUCUAACUGAAGUAUAUUAAGAUCACAGACUUGGAUAAAUGUUUAGAAGGAUAAAACUUUAAUCUAUUCAACCCCAAAAUCAAUAGCUGUAGGGAGAAGACCAUUGUUAAUUGAAAUGUAUAGGGUAAGUUAAAACAGGCUAUUGCACUUGCAGGCAGAUAUUUAUUUCUUUGUUCAUUUUUAUCAGAUACAAAUAUUUUUCUGAAUUUUAUAACAACGGUUGGUCACUAAACUAUGGACAAAAUGUAUUUGAAGCCAACCUUUUUCAAAGUAGGAACAUGAAGAUAAGACCUGAGGUUGGGAUUUUCAAAAGAUUUACAAGCGCAGUCCCAUUUGAAAUCACUUAAAUACUUUCAAAAAUUCCAUUUUUUGGUCCCGAGUCCAUAUUUCGUCACCUGUCCUUUAUACUCCUGCUUUUGAACACUUAAGCCAGAGUUCCUGGUCUCUUGCAGAAAUGGAGGUCAAUAAAAAUUGGAAAGAAAUACUGAUGAUGUACGUCAAACUGAAUAAAAAAUAACCUUCAGUUCUGCUGAACUGGAUUAGUUUUAAUAGUGUAACUAAAAGUGAAUGUCUCUGUCUCAAUUACUCAAGUACCCAUGAGAAGACAGGAACUUUAAAUGCAGCAGUUGAACUAUUCUUAUAUUUGAUCUUGGGUAGAAUUUUGGCUGUUUGGCAAGAGGAGAAUUCUCCUGAAAAAAUUAAAAAUGCUUUUUAGGAAGCAAGAUAACUCCAGAGAAUUUAAGUGGAAUCUUUACUAAGAAAAGCCAUUAAUUAAGGCAUAGCGGCAAUAGAAUGCAAAUAGUUGUUCCCUUAAAAAAUGAUUACAUCUUCAGUUAAUAUUUGGCUUCUGUCGAGUUUGCCUAGUUAAUGCUCAACACUAAAUCAUGUCCUCUAUAGCAGCAAGAAGGAUCGGGAUUGUGGCAUCUGUAGAUAGAAGCCUAGCAAGGCUAAUUUUGCUUUUCAACAGGUGUGUUGCUCUGUUUUCAGAAGAAAACUAAGGUUCACUUUUGAAAUCAAUUGCCCAUGACCCAUAGUUGUACUGGGCUGUGACGUAUAACUGUGAACCAGAAUCCUUAUUUAACAUAACAAAACAUGACAAAGAUGUGGAAUCUAUCAUCAAAUCCUUGGUUAGUUUAUAGAGUUUUACGUAGCAGUUUUAAAUUGUGUAGAGAAAGACAUUGUGCUGGAAAAAAUGAACAUUAAUACAUAAGAGAAAAUCUUCUCUUUCUGCCUCCUAAGGACAUUCAAAUAACAUUAUAUGUUUUAAAAAUUCAGAUGCUGGGACUGCCUCACUAAUUUUUCCAAGAAAAGGGAAAAAAAUUUUUUUUGAAAAAUCAGAUUGUCAUGAUAUAAAGUGUUAGAUACCAUAAAUGACUUCAGCAGUCUUUUUAUUAAAGUGUAGCAUUCUGGGGAGUGGAAUGUAAAAUACAAACCAAAUUAUCUCCCUGAAAGGCCGCAGAUUUUUAAACAAUUGUGCCCCAGUAUUACAAGAGAUAUGUUGUACAGUAUUACUAAAGUUAUAUAUUGUUACAUUGUGCCUGCAUUUAAUAAGAGAUAAUGAGAUUUUCAAUACCGACUUGUGAUUUUUAGUAGAAAAACAUCUUUUAUAAGUAACUGUCUUUUUUGUUAGAAAAGUGAUUCAUGCAGCUUUCUAUAAUGGUUGCUUGUUAAAGGCACAAGAGAUUUAGCUUUUGAAUCUCAGGUACUCGUGCAAUAGUGGCGACAUGUUGAAUAUAAUACUCUUCUUGUGGUAUUUUUUUGCGGGGGCGGGUGGGGGGCCAUUUACAUGACAUGGCAUGCAACUGGAAUCAGUUUCUUGUUACAGUAAUGUGAAGAAGCUAUCUCUCCUGGUAGAAUUCUCUUUACCGACAUGGACUACCAUAACUUGUUUUCUU